AUGACUGGGGAUAACCAAUCCUUGACAAUAGAGUUUGUGCUCACAGGAUUUACAGAUCUCCCAGAGCUGAGGACCAUUCUGUUUCUGGUGUUCCUUACCAUCUACCUGAUCACCAUGGUGGGAAACCUUGGUCUGGUGGCAUUGAUAUGUACAGAGCGUCGUCUUCACACACCAAUGUACAUCUUUCUGGGCAACCUCGCUCUGAUGGAUUCCUGUUGUUCCUGUGCCAUUACCCCAAAGACGCUACAGAAUUUCUUCUCUAAGGACAGAAUCAUUUCCAUCCAUGAAUGCAUGGCACAGUGGUAUUUCCUCUGCCUAGCUGAAACUGCAGACUGUUUUCUCUUGGCAGCAAUGGCCUUUGAUCGCUAUGUGGCCAUCUGCAACCCACUGCUAUGCCACACCUUGAUGUCAAAGAAACUCUGUAUUAACAUGACCACAGGAGCCUACAUAGCUGGUAACCUGCACUCCAUGAUUCAUGCAGGUUUUCUGUUUAGGUUAACUUUCUGUAGGUGUCAUGAAAUCAACCACUUCUUUUGUGAUGUUCUUCCAUUAUACAGACUCUUCUGUGUUGGCCCUUAUAUCAAUGAAUUGAUGAUAUUUAUCUUUUCUGGGUCAACUCAAACCUUGACUAUUACAAUAGUAAUAAUCUCUUACCUUUUCAUCCUCUUCACAAUUUUCACAAUGAAAUCCAACAAGGGAAGAGGCAAAGCCUUAUCUACUUGUUCAUUCCACUUUCUCUCUGUCUCAAUCUUCUAUGGAUCUCUUCUCUUCAUGUACAUUCGACCAAAUUCAGUUAAUGAAGAAGACAAAGAUUUACCCCUGGCUAUUUUUUAUACUCUAGUUAUUCCCUUAUUAAAUCCUUACAUUUAA